UCUGGUGAACUCCAUCUGCCACAUUGCGUUCUGUGUUCACGUUGACGGGAACGCUGGAGCGGGUCGUCGGUUCCCCGCCGGAUUGCAGCGGGGGCACGGACAGUUCCGGCGGCGCGGUGGCCGGGCUCGGAGGCACCAAGCGAGGCUGGAAACGUUUUAUCUUCACCGCAGACGAGCAUGGCGAAGAAACGGAAGUGCGGCGACCCUCCAACCGACGCGGCAGCGAGUAAAGUGACCAAGUCUGUGGCCGUGGAGUUCACCGGGACUCAGUUUAAAAACCAGUUGAAGAGCCCAGAGGGAGUGGAGAAAGGUUUAGGAACCUUUAUUUCCAUAGCCAAACAGUUACCCUGCUCUGGAUUGUAUGAUGUUGUGGAGGGGUACAUAAAGAUUUCAGCUGAAUGUGCAGAAAUUUUUAUGCUGCUUGAUGGAGAAACACCAACAGAAAAAGAGAUGAUUUUAAUUUUCCAAGCCUUGGAGGCCAUUUUGCUGCGGACUGCCAGUGAUCUUACCCAUUUUACUGCAGUGGGGAUGAACAUAGUGAAGAAGGUGCUGCACACUUACAUGAAGUUAAUAUAUUCAGCACUCUUCUCAGCAAGUCACAGAUAUGCCCGAGCAUGCCUUGGCUUAUUGUCUGCGAUGGUAAGCCAAGGUCCAGAAGCUGCACGAGAUUUCAUCAGCCACUUUGAUUUUAACAACAAAUUGCUCCCAGGCUUAUUGAAAAAGAGAGAGAGAACAGGGAGGCCUGAUGUUCGCAUGGCUUAUAUCCAGUUUGCAGUUUCAUUUCUGAUUGCUGGUGACAACAACACAAUUCGCCAAAUCCUGGAGUUAAAAGAUUUUAUUGCAGGUAUAUUCACUUCUGGACUAAAAGAAGAUCCUAUUUCUGUCAUAAAUUUACUUCUAUCAACUUUAAAAACAAAGGUUGUCCAAAAUAAAGCCAUAAGUAAAACACAGAAGAUUCGUUUAUUCUCGAUAGGAGCUUUGAAUCAUAUUGCGACAUUAUAUCGCUGGAGUGGAACUGUUGAUGUUUAUGUCAAUACUGGGAAGGGAGGCCAAGAUUCAUUGGUCGCUGGAAGAGAAUUGGUUCGAGAACUUGUGCACAGUUUCUUGAUUGAUCUCUGCUGCUCAUUGAAAUAUGGCAUCAAUUUCUAUGAUUCUAGUCUGGGUACAGCUAAAAGGGGAGGGAACGUCGUGCUGCUGAGGUUCCUGCUGGGCUUAAAAACAGCUACAGAAGAUGAGCUAGUGGCUGACCUCAUGGUGAACAUCCUCAAAGUGUGUCCUGAUUUAUUAAACAGAUUCUUCAAAGAAACACAGUAUUCUUUUGUCCCCAGACUUAAGACAGUCUGGCUAGACAAUAUGAAAUUACUUCGAAAGAUUUAUGAAGCCCAGCCAGACAUUUGCAGGGCUUUCCAGACAAAGGAAUACAUCCCAAUUUCCCGCCUCCUGUCUAUGGUGAUGGUCACAACAGUUCCUCCAGUGGCAACUAAAGCCAUGUUUAUUCAGGGAAUCAGUUUGGCAAAUAAAGUAGUUCAACAGACAACCUUAUCUCUACUAGCAUUUGUUCUGAAGAGGGCUCUGAAAAAUAUUGAGCAUUGUCUAAACGUGGAACUGUGGCAACACUCUGAAAUUUACACUCCCAGUGUAAUGGAGGACUUCACACAGCAGUUCAGAGAGAUCCUCAGCAAGCAUUUGCCGGACAUGAAUACCAUUGUAGCUACGUGGCAAUCGCUUUUAAAAAAUGAAGAUAAAGAUGGAAAGCAAGGACAGGAAGAUGAAAAAGACACAGAAAAUGACACUGCAGUCUUGGAGACUUCAGAUGUUACAGAAGAUCAUGUUGGGGAUGAUGCUGGGACCACUGUUGUAAAGGCAAUGGUGCUCCAGGUUAUGUGUCUUUACCAGAAAGUGGUCCCUCAUGUGGUUUCACAGUGUGCAUUUGAUUUCAGUAAAUUAAUUAAAGGCAUUGUGAGUGAGAAGGGGGUGAAAAAAGAAGUUGCUCCAAUCCUACAGCACUGCAUUCUGCAGCUGGCUCUGGAGCUGCCUUCCAAUAAGUUUGCCUGGUUCAGAUUUCAGGGUAUCACAAACACAGAGAAAAGUACUGGAGAGGAGUCAGUAUUUUAUUUGCUGCUUAAAAUGUACGUGACCUGUAAGAGCUCUCAUCUGCAAGCAUCAACCAAACAACUUAUCGUAAAGGUAUUAAAAGACACUGGAAUUUUUGAAUACACUUGGAAUGAACUAGAAUUGUGGAUGAAAGGUCUUCAUUCUGUUUCAGAAUCAAAACAAGAAAUUGUCAUUCUGUUUCUUGAAAGAGUUUUGAUAAAGUUAAUAUCAAAUCCAUAUCCUUACACUGACAAGAUUUCAGAAACAAUACAAGAAGCAAGUACACUGCAAGCAAACCUUGAUGGGCAGGACUUGGAUGCUGUUAGUUUGCCUAUCUCACAUAUUGAUGAUGUGCUGGAUAUGGUGGACAUUAUUAUGGACACUAGUGAAGGUCUGAAUGAUGAGGUUGGGUUUACUUUAAGUGAAGAGGUGAUUACACAAACAUUUCCUUUCAGUGCAGUGGUCACAGCUGCUUUAGAAGCCAGGAACAAAAUGGUCUUGGGAAACAGUAAUGGAACAGAUGCUGUUUUGCAGUACCUUAUUGCUACGCUUACCAAUAUUCUACAUGUGCAGCAAGAUCCAUUGGCUUUGUGUCUAAUAUUACAGAUGUAUGACAAAGAACUGGAUUCAUUUUCUGAAAACCGAAGUCUAGUCAAAAAUAUUUUCCAGUUCUAUACAUAUUACAGUCUUUGGAUCCCACAGCAGGCUAAGGAGUCUCUGUUUGAACAGUUUGGUACAGAAAGAACACAUUCUGUUCCAUUGAAGGAAGGUUCAUUCUGCAGUCUUCUGAUGGGAGCAUAUAAAAUGAGGGUCAGCAUCCUCAGUGAUGAAGUUAAAGAUAAUUUGAAGCAGGCAGUGGCACAGUUGCACUUGUGUGAGCUAGUUCUGGCUGUGAAGCAAGUGAUGCUGUACAUCCGAAUGUCUGUGGCAAACUUUAACAAAUUGGGAAGAAGCACCAGCUUAGGACUGAUUGCACUAUGUAUGGAUCUCUUGAAAUCACUGCUACAGAGAUGUGAACAGUCAGAAGAUAUUCAGGAGAAAUUAGAAAAACAAGAAAAUGAGCUUUUCGUUGACUUCAAUGUUGUCGUAGAUGAACGAACUAAAGAGCAGGUUCUGGAGAGCAUGUUGUCAGCAAUUUUUAAACACCAGACACUUGAGCAAUGGUUUAUGGCUUUGGAAUUACAGGCUCCACCAGCACACAGUCUUAACCCCAUCAGCUUCAAAAUGUUGUCAGCCCUCCUUAGCUCAGGCACCCUGAGCCUCCUUGAACUAAGUGUCCCAUCUUUGCAGAGACUUGGUCGCAUGGAUAUGGUGUUAACUUAUUUUAAAACUAUAGUGGAAAGUGUUCUGAAAGAACUUGAACUGAAAAAGUUAUCUACAGCUAAAUCAGCAGUGAUGGAUAAAAGAACCUUGCCUUUAGAAGCCCUGGAAAAUUUAAACACCUAUGUGGAUAUAACUUGGCUCAAAGAAAUUGUGGCAUCUAUAUUGGAACUCCCAGAAGAAUAUCUAGCUAUCAAAAGUAACCCUGAGAAAGGGGGUGAUGGAGUGAAACAGCUGGGCUUGUAUGGAAAGACUUUGGUAAAAAUCCUUACAGAAAAUCACCAGAAGACUCCAGACAAAGAUGAUCUAUUGCUAUCAUGUGACCAUUUCAGUGCUGUGGGAACACUCUUACAGUACUCUAACAGUGAAGAGCUGGAGAAGGUCUUUCUUCGAGUCCUCUUGAAAGAACCAGUCUUUGCACAGGCUGUGAGACCAGACGUGUUUCUUGAUUGCUUGAAUCGCAUGUCUGAAGAUUCCCUUUCUAUUUGCAAAUUUCUUAUUCAGCACAGCAAGACUAGCCUUUUACAGUUUGAGCUAUGGUGCUUAGAAUCAGGCAGAAUGAAACAUCUUCGGAAAAAUAUGGAUGCUUACCUUUCGCUUCUUAGCACAUAUCUGGAAUGCCAAGAAAAGAGUAAAUAUACACGGCCAGAGAGAGUCUUUGCAGAUGUCCUCAAGGUUAUUAGAAAUACCACGUGGAAGAUGCUAGUAAGAAACAUUGCAUCAGAUGAUCCAUCCGAUGAACUUGAUUUACAGAUGAAAGUACUUGCUAGAUUAGUGCAACAGUUCCCAUCAACACGUGAAGAUGUAGCAAGUAUUAUGGAACAACUACCCGCAGUGCUGGAGAAAACAGCAACUUUGUCAAGGUGGACUUUAGCAGAUGCAGUCACAAAUGCACUGGAGGAAUAUCCUGAGGACAAACGAUCCUGGAGGAAAUCCCUACUGAAGGCUUGCAUCCGGUGGUUAGUGGCCAACUAUAGCAGCUGCAAGGUGCAGGAAGAGAAAAUGAAGGAGACUGAAAUGGCAUUGUUGAGCAGAUUGCAGGAGUUACUGAUUUCAGUUGGUGAGGUCAAUUCAGAUGAUUGGAACAGUUGUGUAAAGAAUGGGCUUAAGUAUCGUUAUACAGAUCUGGGAUUUUUAGAAGCCCUCCAUAAGUUAAUACCAGCAUUGUAUGAGAAAGAAGAGCUGGCUCAAAACUUGAUCCCAUUGCCUAUGAUUCACAUGAUGGUAACAAAUCAUUCUCUGUUUCUGCCAACCCUGCUGAAGAUCAGAGAGGACUCAGAUGAAAGUUCAAGAAUAAGAGUUGCUCUAAUUGAUGUGUUACUAGCUUUGGUCAGACUUUGUCCAUCAGUGUGCAACAGCAACCAUUUUCCUGUACUGCUGGGAGCAUAUGGAGCAACACUCAGCAUCACAGAUCAGAAACUGCUGCUGCUCCUACAGUCUUAUGAGAAAAACAACAUAAGCCUUGCUGAGUUCAGACUGCUAUUUUGGGGCCCAGCUGCUGUUGAACAUCAAAAGACUUGCAAAAGCCUGGGGAAGUCCCUGUGGCAACAACCAAGCAUGGAGGAAAUCCUGUCAUUGUUGGACAGGGAGAAAAUGUUCCAGACAAUUGUUAACUUUCCACAACAUAGAUAUAUGUUGCCUGAGGAAGGAAAGGAGACGCUGUUCAAAGAGUACAGUAUUAAGGAACCACGUGAUCUUUAUGACCCUUGUUUCUUGCUGCCUCUCUUCAGUGGAUUAAUUACAUCAGAAAGUGUGGUCAACUGCUACAAGUUUGUGGACACGAAUGCUUUUGGACUAACUGCGGCAUCUCUUAGCAGUUAUGAUCCUAAAAUAAGAGCUGCUGCUUAUCAUAUACUGGGUAAUUACCGCACACAUCUGGAGGCUGCUCAUUUUAAGGAGAGGCGGCAACUGCUGUAUCUGUUGGAUGUUGUGAAAAAUGGGAUCCGAGAACCUAAUCUCAGGUUAACAUUUUGCUUGGCGUUUUAUAUUGCCAAAGUUGCACAACAGAUGCUGAAACCAGAGGAACACAUGUAUAUGAAGAUUAAUCAUUUCCUUCUGGCACAUCAAUAUUUGGACUUAAAUAAAGUGCCUGGAUUUUUUAAGCUUUUCUACAGCUUUAAUAUGGAGCAUAAAAUUGAACGUGAAUGGAUUCUCGACCUCCUUAUCAAUAGUUUAAAGGACAAGCAUUGCUUUGAGCUUUGCAAUCAUCAGAAAAUAGUCCAUGUUCUCUUAGGUUUUUUUAACAGCCCAUUGUGUGAUGAGACAGCAGAGUACCAGAUUAUCCAGAUUCUAUUACGUGCAGCACACAUCACAAAAGCAGCAUAUCAGCUGAUCAGAGACCACAACCUACUGACUUGGAUAUCGCGUAUCUUACAGAAAAGGGUUUUAGAAAACAGACUGAUGUCUGAUUUAAUUUCACUCCUCCACACCUUGUGGCUCACUAACCUGGGAAACAAAGAAACCACUCAAAAGUUUCUACCUUUUCUAUUUAUAAAUGAAUUUCUGUUUGUUCUGACUAUUCUGAUACAACACAUUGGGAUAAAAAUGGAGAACAGAACAUUUUCAAAAUUUCUGCACACAUUGAGUUCUGUUUUACAACAUCAACGUGGUGCUUUUGGUGACUACAAGGAGAAAGGAUGGAUUGUUCUGAAUGAAAAAGUUCUGUCUUACACAGAGGCCUUGUUAUUGUUACAUAAGUGGAGUAUUGUAGGAAGGGAGUCCCAUGUGCAGGAACUCUUGCAAAAUCUGGCUCACAAAUACAAUGUUAAGGAAUUGCAAAAAGUUACUAAAGAGAAGAACAAAGCUAAAGGACUUGGUUGGGGAGCAACUCGGUAUAGCAGAAAAAAGAGAGAGGAGGUGCAAGAGGAUGCAGAAAAUGAAGCCGAAGAAUCUUGUUUAGAGGAAUGCAAAGUUUCAUUGAGGUCCAUAUUCACUAACUGGGAUGCACAACUCCCAGAUGAAACCAUCGACCACCAAGAAAGCCAAGAGGAAGAGGACUGUGCUGUUAAAGCAACAAUACACAUUGUAGUUCAAUGGGUUGUCAAGUCAGCACUUGAAAAUCCAAUUAGUGAGUCUCAAACUUUCUCAUUAUUGGGAUGGCUUCAGAGAAAUCUGUCUCGUGGUGCUGUGACUCAGGAACUUUUGAAAGACAGUAUUUUAUGGCGUCAUCUGCUACAGUUUUACAGUAGAGUUACUAACAAUGUAAAUGGAGAUGAUUUGACAGGGAACCAUUUGCACCUCUUUACCUGCACUAUGCUUCAGCUGCUGGAGGUUCGAGGCUUGACAGACAACUAUGUGUACAAGAGUGUUAUCCAACCAGUCUGCCUUCCUGCUCUGAAAGGCCAGGAUCAUGAAAGAAAAGCCGCAGCUUUGGUUCUUCUAUCUGAUUACUUGUGGGAUUCGUGGCUUGGAGGUCAGAAGCCUCAGCUUUUACUGUCUCAUGUAUCCUUGACCCUGCAAGCCACUGAAGUAACAUCAAGGUUUGACAAGAGUACGAAAGAAAAGCAGAAGCCAACCGAUGCUAUUGUGUCCCUCUGUAAAGACAUUAAUUUACUUCUUGAAAGGCAGUAGGCGGAAAAUUACCUCUUUAGUUACACUUCUAAAUUCACAGUUUAUUUUGCCGGAGGUUUAUUGUUGGUGGGAAAAUGUAUGAUCACACAAUUGAAUAUUUUCAGCAUUGUCAAGACAUGCAGUAUUUUGGAUACUAAUCUGUCAGCAUUGAAAAUUUAUAAAAAUGUUUUUAAUAAAUUAUUAUUUCUCUA